AUCUUAUGCUUAACAUUCUUGUUAGGAGAGAAAACAAUGAGAAGGUUCAUGAACUUCAUGUUAUUAGUGCAGAAAACAAUGAGAAAAAGACGAAGACGAGAAAGACGCAUGGUGAAGAAAAAGAAGAGAAAGACGAAGAAGACAACACCUACACAACUGAAACAGUAUGUGCCUCAAGAAUUGAUAAUUGAAAUCCUUCUAAAUUUACCGGUGAAGUCUCUUAUUCGUUUCCAAUGCCUUUCUAAAGCAUGGUUUUCUCUUAUCUCUGAUCCCGACUUUGCCAAAUAUCAUUUUCAAUUUGCACCACACACUCGUAGGAUUGAAUUCAUAUCAAAUGAUUUACAACAAACAACAUCUAUAGAUUUUGAAGAACAUCUUGACUUAAGGAAUGCUAUUGUUAAACGGUGCAAUUUUUUGGAUCCCCAGGCUGAAUCUCUUAUUCCAAUUAUAAGUUCCUGCAGAGGCUUUAUAUUUUUCCAUCAUUCUUCAAGCUUCUGCAUAUUGAAUCCAUGCACCAAAGUUCACAGACAAAUACCUUUAGCUCCGGGUGAAUUUGAAACAAAUAUAGAGUUAUAUCAUUUCUAUUAUCUAUAUGGUUUUGGAUAUGAUGAGUUAAGAGAUGAUUACUUAGUGGUUUCAGUGUCUUUUUUUCCAGACGUGGAAGAUCUUUCACGUUUGGAAUAUUUCUCAUUGAAAGAUAACAAGUGGAAGGAAAUCAAGGAUACUUACUUCCAUUUUACGAGCGACAAGAUUGAUCCCAGAGUUGGAUCGCUCUUUAACGAUGCUAUUCAUUGGUUGGCUUUACAUUCUGAUUCACUGAUGGAGGUUAUUAUUGCAUUUGAUUUAACGGAAAGGAAACUUUUUGAGAUGGCUUAUCCAAAUGGUGUAGAGCAUAAGUCUGACCAUUGCGAGUUGUGGGUAUUUGGAGAAUUUCUUAGUUUAUGGGCUAUGGAUUGUGAAAAUAAUAGUAUUGAAAUAUGGUUGAUGAAAGAAUACAACGUGCCUUCGUCUUGGAUUAAGGCUAUCAUUCUCCCUAUGGAAAUCCUAUCUCCUCAUCAAUUUACUCCAAUAUGCUCUACAAAAAAUGGUGAUAUCAUCGGAACAGAUGGUGAGAAUAUAUUGUUGAGGUAUAACGACGAAGGAGAGACUAUAGAGGGUUCCUCAUACUGUUGCUUUCCAGAUAGUGCAGUUUCAAAUGGAUCCCCAUCGAUAAUGUAUACAGAAUCUUUGCUUUCACUCCCUGGUGAUGAUAUGCAAGCUUAUGAAGACGAUUCAGACUAGAAUAAUCAGAUAAUUGCAGAGUCCUGUAGGAAUUUGAGUCACAUAGGACGAAGUUCAAGACCUUCAAGACAUUUCGUAUUCAUACCAUUUCAGCAAUCCUACUCAGAAGCCUUAAAAUAAGUUUUCAUCCAUUUGUGACCUUAACUUUUUUAUUUCAUUUUGAUGUUGAACAAACCAUUUUUAGGGGUCAUGGUUGUUUUGUUAUUCAUAAUUCUAGCCUCUACAUCCACCUAUACCAGAUUAGGUGUUUACUUUGUCGCUCUUUUGAUGAUAUCCAAUCUGUUGAUGGGCAGCACGAUAUCUAACCUGUUGCUAGCGACGUGGACUUCGUCAGUACCUUGGUCUUGUAUCUUUGAGGACAUAUUGUUUGGUAGUGCUGUUGGGUUGUUUAAGCUAUAUUUCUAUUUCUUUGUUGUACUUUUUUUUCUUUUGUUGUUUUGAUAGAGUUUUUGUGUUUAGUGGUUUUCUUU